GAAUUGAAACUGUCCUCGCACGACGAGGCCCUGUCGUUUGCGUCCUUGAUAGACGGAUACUUCAGGCUCACAGCAGAUGCCCACCAUUACCUCUGCACAGAUGUGGCUCCCCCGCUGAUUGAGCACAACAUAAAAAAUGGAUGCCAUGGACCCAUUUGCACGGAGUACGCCAUCAACAAACUGCGGCAGGAAGGGAAUGAAGCAGGAAUGUACGGGUUGAGAUGGAGCUGCACCAACUUCAACCACAUCCUGAUGACGGUGACUUGUUUCGAAGGCUCGGAGCAGAUGAUAAAUAAUUCAAUCCAGUACAAGAACUUCCAGAUUGAAGUGAAGAAAGGCGGGUACUUCCUGCAUGGUUCCAACAAGUCCUUCUCCUCCUUGAAAGAGCUGAUGGAUCACCUGAAAGGACAGAUACUUCGGACAGACAACAUAAGCUUUACACUGAAGAGGUGCUGCCAACCUAAACCAAGAGAAAUCUCCAACCUGCUGGUUGCGACCAAGAAGGCGCAGGAGUGGCAGCCCGUUUACCACCUGGGGCAGCUGAGUUUCCACCGAAUCCUCAAGGAAGAAAUCCUGCAGGGCGAACAUCUUGGAAGAGGGACAAGAACACAGAUUUACUCAGGCAUCCUCAACUACAAAGACGAUGAGAAUGAAGGCUAUCAAAAUGAAAAGGAGAUUAAAGUCCUCCUCAAAGUCCUGGACCCCAGCCACAGAGACAUUUCGUUGGCGUUCUUUGAGACAGCGAGCAUGAUGAGGCAGGUGUCUCACAAGCACAUCGUCCUCCUCCAUGGCGUCUGCGUCCGCGACGUCGAAAAUAUCAUGGUUGAAGAGUUUGUGGAAUUUGGGCCUCUGGAUCUCUUCAUGCAUCGGAAAAGCGAAGUUCUGACGACUCCUUGGAAAUUCAAAGUUGCCAAGCAACUUGCAAGCGCACUAAGCUACUUGGAGGACAAGGAUUUGGUACAUGGAAAUGUGUGUACGAAAAACAUCCUACUGGCACGAGAGGGAAUUGACACUGAAUAUGGGCCUUUCAUAAAGCUGAGCGACCCAGGAAUACCAAUCACUGUGCUGUCCAGACAAGAAUGCGUUGAGCGAAUCCCCUGGAUUGCACCUGAAUGUGUUGAGGACUCCAAAAAUUUAAGCGUUGCAGCAGAUAAGUGGAGUUUUGGUACAACACUGUGGGAAAUCUGCUAUAACGGAGAAAUACCGCUGAAGGACAAGACGUUAGCAGAGAAGGAGAGGUUCUACGAGGGGCAUUUUGUGUUGGCCACGCCGUCGUGCAAGGAGCUGGCUGACCUGAUGAAACAGUGCAUGAACUAUGACCCCCACCAGAGACCCUUCUUCAGGGCCAUCAUGAGGGACAUCAACAAACUGGAAGAACAAAAUCCCGAUAUUGUCUCGGAGAAGAAGCCUGUCACAGAGGUCGAUCCCACACUCUUUGAAAAGCGAUUCUUGAAGAGAAUCCGUGAUUUGGGUGAGGGCCACUUUGGCAAGGUUGAGCUCUGCAGAUACGACCCAGAAGGCGACAAUACAGGGGAGCAAGUGGCAGUUAAAUCUCUGAAGCCGGAGAGCGGAGGGAAUCACAUCGCUGAUCUCAAGAAGGAAAUAGAAAUCUUGAGGAAUCUUUAUCACGAGAACAUCGUCAAGUACAAGGGAAUUUGCACAGAAGAUGGAGGAAGUGGGAUUAAACUCAUCAUGGAAUUUCUUCCUUCUGGGAGCCUAAAGGAGUACCUGCCCCGCAACAAGAACAAGAUCAACCUCAAACAACUUCUCAGAUACGCGGUUCAGAUCUGCAAGGGAAUGGACUAUUUGGGCUCCUGUCAGUAUGUGCACCGUGACCUAGCAGCAAGAAACGUCCUCGUUGAAAGCGAGAACAGAGUGAAGAUUGGGGACUUUGGGCUCACCAAAGCCAUCGAGACCGAUAAGGAGUACUACACCGUCAAGGACGACCUUGACAGCCCAGUCUUCUGGUACGCUCCAGAGUGCCUGCUGCAGAGCAAGUUUUACAUCGCCUCGGACGUCUGGUCGUUUGGGGUGACGCUGUACGAACUGCUCACGUACUGCGAUUCAGAGUCCAGUCCCAUGGCGGAGUUCCUCAAGAUGAUCGGCCCCACGCAGGGGCAGAUGACGGUGGCGCGGCUGGUGCGGGUCCUGCAGGAGGAGAAGCGUUUGCCACGUCCCCCCAACUGCCCCGAGGAGGUGGACCAGCUGAUGAGGAAGUGCUGGAUUUUCAAGCAUGAUGAACGGACCACCUUUCACAAUCUAAUUCAAGGAUUUGAAACAAUUAUGAGUAAAAUGUAAUUAAUUUUUUUUAUACUGUCAGUACUUUAGAUGUGUAUCAAUAUAUAAGUGCCCAAGACCUUUUGUGUUGUUUUUUUUUAACUGUAAUUUGUACUCUGACUGUGCUAAUGUGUUCAAAGGAU